AUGAAAUGCCUUCACUUCUGCCAACUACAGAUCGAAUCCACCGUCGGAAGUUACACCAACCGCAUUCUAUGUUCCGUACUGCCGCUGAUCACUGGCUCAGUACCAUCGUCAAGAAUCAACUAUGAAGGAUGGGAAUUGCCCACCGACGUUCCUCUCACAGAUCUGCACUUCUACCAACCAAGGGCCAUGGAUCUACUGCUAAGUGCAACUGUAUUUUUUGAAGUGUUUAGGCCAGAACAGCAAUCUAGGCAGGGCCACCCAACACUCCAGAAUACUCAGUUUGGUUGGGUCUUGGCAGGAUGUAUACCUGCACAUUCCGUGGGACAACGGAAGACGGUAACAACCUCAUUGUUAAACACAACUCACGACUUGCAUGCACAAGUGGAACGAUUCUGGCUGCUAGAAGAAUUGUCGACACGCCACCAGUCCAAAGAAGAGAGCAUGUGUGAAGAGCAUUUCACAAACUCUGUUACCCGUGAUGAUGCAGGCAGAUUCAGAGUGAGGCUAAGCUUACUGCAAGACGUUGGAGAACUUGGGGACUCCCUUGCCACUGCUAGCCAGAACUUUGGGGACAUGGAAUGGCGAUUACUGAGAAACCCAGAUUUGAAGAAUGAGUAUGUCAAGUUUAUGGAUGAGUACCUGCGACUGGGGCACAUGGAACUCAUCGACCCUAUUGACCAGCAUCGGUCUUGCUAUUAG